AAGCAUGGCGUUAUACCCCAAAGAACGAUAUGAUUCGAAUUGAUGCUACACUACUGCCUUGUGCGAGAUUUUUUUUUUUUUUUCUUUGUCUCUCUUUUUUGGCUUCUAACCGGGAUCCCCAAUGAAGAUCAAUAAGAAUUGCCGUGGAUAUGAAACUACCGGGCUUGUUUCAUAGCUGAAACCUCCGACGUGUCAAUCGGUACAGGAUCGAGAUUUUAGCACCCUUAUACUCCGGAGUAUCCUCAAACGGUCGACCACAACGGCCAAUAUGUAUGACCCUGCACAGAGCACAACGAUGCCCAUAUAUGCGAGAUCCAUCCAUUCCAGCGAUUCAGCCUCGCGAGACUCCUACUGGUUCAGAUUAAUAUAUGCUGCAGGGUUGGUCAUUGUUUCUCACGAGUCAGGCUCUCGUAUCUUCGUUUUGUUUGUUUUUUCUUUUUUUUUCUUGCCCGCAUGUAAGCUGAUUCUCAUGUUGGCUGACCAAAAAAAUAGACUUCCCUGGUGGCUCACUGAAACUAUUCUAGUCUCUGAAACGUGAAUAUCAUCCUUUUCU